AACGUGGUAGUAUUUAUCAAAAUGCAGGUUCCACCAAUUUUUAUGGAAUUACCCUUAGAGGACCAGGCACAAGAAUUGAGAAUUUAUUUUAAAAGCUUAGGGGCUGAAAUAAGUGAAGAAAAAUCUCCUAAAGGUAUAGAGGAUGAUUUACAUAAAAUUAUUGGAGUAUGUGAAGCUUGUUUCAAGGAAGGAAAUGAAAAUGAAAUAGAGACAGUUUUAAAUGACAUUGUAUCUAUUAUGAUAGUGAUUCCUACUGAAAGAGCAGAAAAUUUAAUAUUAGCAUUUUGUGAAAAAUUAACAAAAGCUCCUGGUUAUAAGCUGGGUCUAGUAUGUCUAAAAGCAUUGUGGUUAUUAUUCCAAUCUCUUCCUGAUGAUUCUCCUAUGAGAUAUCAUGUCUAUUAUCAUUUAGUUCAAAUUGCUCGCAAUGUGGACCAAGUAAAAGCAGUGUAUGGUGGAAUAGAUCAAUUGAAACAGCAAUUUGCAUCACUUCCACCAUCAAAUGAACAGAUGCAAAAACUACUUCGGUUACUUCAUGAAGUACUUCUAAGCUGCAAACAAGGGGAACAAGCUGCAGCAGUUAUGGUAGAACUUUUAGGUACUUAUACAUCAGAAAAUGCUUCUUCAGCUAGAGAAGAUGCACAACGUUGUAUUUUAGCUGCAUUGGCAGAUCCAAAUACAUUCCUACUGGAUCCACUAUUAGCACUAAAACCUGUGAGAUUCUUAGAAGGAGAACUCAUUCAUGAUUUACUCCUUGUAUUUGUACAAGACAAAUUACCUGCAUACUUGUACUUUUAUCAACAUCAUAAAGAAUUUGUGGAACAUCAACUGGGAUUAAAUCAUGAACAGAACAUGAAAAAGAUGAGAUUACUAACAUUCAUGCAACUAGCAGAAACGAAUCCUGAAAUGUCAUUUCAUACAAUUCAAGAAGAACUACAAAUUAAUGAAGAUGAAGUAGAAAGUUUCAUUAUUGAUGUACUGAAAACAAAACUCGUUAGAGCUCGUAUGGAUCAAGCUGGGCGUAAAGUUCUUAUUUCAAGUACCAUGCAUAGGACAUUUGGUAAACCACAAUGGAUGCAACUACGUGAUUUACUUGCAGCUUGGAAAGGAAAUUUAACUUCUGUACAAGAGGGUAUGAAAUCUGUAGCUGAUGCGCAAAUGGAACUUGCUUUAAAAAAUAAAGCUGCCAUAAACUAUUGAUGAUAUUUAAGUUCCCUAUGUGAAAUGCAAAAUUUACAUAUACGAAUAUUGAUUG